AUGCCGGCGGCACCCCUGCCUGUGUGCUUCCUCUGCGUGUGUGUGCCAGCCAGCAGCCACUGUGCUCCCGCUGUGCACGCCUGGCAGCGUCGCUUGCCUGUCUCCCGGCCACUGCCUCCCCUCCCCCUCCGCCUCUCUCUCCAUCUCUCUUCUCGCCCUGUUUCACUGCUGCCCACGCCGCCCAUCCCCCUUCCGCCUCUCACAACACGCACGCACGCCACCGGACGCCAAACGAUAACGCGUGCACGCACACGCCGCACCCACAAGGCCAUCGCGUCGCCAUUGCUCCGCUCUCUCCCGCUCUCCCAUCUGCCUCCCCCCCCCGUGCCUCUUCCCUCCUCGUCCGCUGUGCUGCGCCAUCUCAUCCCCCCACUACCCCCUCUGCUGUUGCUCUUUGUGACAAUGCCCGCUUUUAAUCUGGCAUCUCUUCGAUCUUGUCCGUUGGGGGCCGUGGCGUACAACGUCCUUCUCCUCGUGUACAUCAUCCUGCAGUUCAUCGCAUUCUUUUUCGUGCUGGUGGCCACGCCGAUCGAUAUGUUCCGUCGAAAAAACGUUUUACCGGGUGGCAGUUUUGAUUGCUUCACGUUGUGGGGUUAUAAACGCGACUGCAGUUCUCUUCAUUACCUGUUCACAAUAAAUAAGGAAUUCAGCCAGUGUCCUGCCUUACUCGACGGCUUCCGCGCUGCACAGGCGUUCGCCAUCAUCUCCAUUCUGGUAUACGGUGGGGCGUUCGUCGCCAGUUUUGCAAUCCUGUACGGCUACUCUUUCAUUCGCUGGGUGUGCCUGGCGCUGAACAUCGUUGGCAUUGCCACCUUGUGCGUUGUGUGGGCGGCCAUGGUGGUGGCGUACAAGUCUGAUGACCCAAAGUGCUCUUCGCUGAGGGACAUAGGCCCCCGGUUUGGCGCCGGCUUUGUUCUCUUUGUGAUUGCGUGGAUACUGGAUAUCAUCAACACGGUGAUCCUGCUGCUCCCGUGCACGGUCACGGACAGUGACGAGGAUAAGCACACCAAGCGACCGGCAGCGGAAGAGUAG